AACAGCCUGUUUUGUGAUGAUGCAUCGUGCAGCUGAUCUGAAGAAGAAUCUUCUCAUGAAGGAAACUUCAUCACAAACAUCUGGAGACGCAUGUUUAACUGACAAACUGAGAUCUGAGUAUCACAACAUGGAAAGACUUGAACGAGGCUACAGUCAUGACGAGGUGGGCGAGAGCCAAUAAUGUCCAUAAACACAAGCCCUCUGAGGCCACUCCAUGGAGUCAGCUGAGAGGAGGAGGAGGAGGAGGUGGAGGAGGUGGAGGUUGUCCCCCAGGCAGCUUUAGACAAGGAGGUCAGAGAGACUACCUGAGAGGGACUCAGCCUGGUGGAUCAGAUGUGAAGAAGCCCAACCGUCCCAAGAAGGACUACGUCAGCGAGGACGUCAACGGCUUCCUGGAGUAUCUGCAGCAGAGCGGAAGGCCGCUGCCCAGAGGGGACAGAGGAGGGCGGGAGUUCAGGGAGGAGCUGGAGACGGCUCUGAAAAAAGACCGAAGAAGAGAGGACAGAAGGGUGAAGAGGCAGGAUGACAAGAAGAGCAACAUGCUGUGUUUUAACUGCAGGAAGCCCGGUCACGGUUUGGCCGACUGCCCGGAGGCCGACCAGGACGAGGAGAUGGGCCGAGGCAUCUGUUACCGCUGCGGCUCCACCGAACAUGAGAUCCAGAAAUGUAGAGCUAAAGUGGACCCCGCUCUGGGUGAACACCCGUACGCGAAGUGCUUCAUCUGUAGUAAGACCGGACACCUGUCGCGCGGCUGCCCAGACAAUCCUAAAGGACUUUACGCACAAGGAGGCUCCUGUCGCGUUUGUGGUUCAGUGGAACAUUUUCAGAAGGACUGUCCGGAGCAUCAGGCCGCAACGAACUCGGUGACUGUUCCCUGGUUGUCCAACAACAUGAGCGCAGACCACGAGGACAUCCAUGUUCCGGUGAAGAAAACCAAACCCAAACAAACUAAAGUGGUGAAGUUCUGAUCCGCACCGAUCAGCUGACUCGUCACUCUGACAGCUGGACUAAUCAUCGAUUCCUUCGGAUUCUCUUUGUGUAUAUUUAAGAUCUGUUUUAAUAAAGUGCUGCUUCUGUAUA